CGCAAGGAGUAACCUAGCAACCAUGCAAGGGGCAGGAGGAGGCGGAGCAGAGGGAAGAGAGGAACUGAAUAGGGAAAAGGAGAGUCGUGGGCUGGGAGUCAGAGCUUGGGAAGGGGGAGACUUACAGUGCAAUCCUAAACAUAUCUAUUCAGAUGCGAGCCCCGUUAGUUUCAAUGGAGCUUACUUUCAGGCUCCAUCCCCAAACUUUGGAAGAAGCAUCAAGGCCUGCCCACUCACUGGUCAUGUGAUGACUCCCUGCUACGCCUUGCCUCUGGGUGAAGUUGCAGCCAGAGAGAUGGGGCUGUGGCUGUAUGCCCUGGUGUUGUUGCUGGGGGGCCUGCAACUCCAGGCCACCUCAGAGUACCAUUCCUUCAGCAUUGAUUACGAAAAUAACUGCUUCCUCAAGGAUGGUGUUCCAUUUCGCUAUAUCUCAGGCAGUAUCCAUUACUUCCGUGUCCCAUCUGCCUAUUGGAAAGAUCGGCUCCUCAAGAUGUACAUGAGUGGCCUCAAUGCUGUGCAGAUCUAUAUACCCUGGAACUACCAUGAGCCACUGCCCGGUACUUACAUCUUUUCUGGAGACCGAGACCUGGAGGGAUUCCUGGACCUGGUGGCCCAGAUAGGCCUGCUGGUGAUCUUGCGACCUGGACCUUACAUUUGUGCUGAAUGGGAAAUGGGCGGCCUUCCAUCGUGGCUGUUGGCUAAGCCAAGCAUUAAGCUGCGCACAUCUGAUCCAGAUUUCCUACAAGCUGUGGACAAAUGGUUGGAGGUCUUGCUGCCUAAGAUCAAGCCUCGUCUCUAUCACAAUGGUGGCAACAUCAUCAGUGUCCAGGUGGAGAAUGAAUACGGGAGCUACUACGCCUGUGACUAUGACUAUCUGCGUCACCUACUGGCUGCCUUUCGUGCAAACCUUGGCAACGAAGUUGUACUCUUCACCACUGACGGCACCUCCGAAUCUGAACUCCGAUGUGGGACACUGCAGGGCCUAUAUGCCACUGUGGACUUUGGACAAGAUGAGAAUGUGACGAAGGCAUUUGAGCAACAGCGAAUGUUUGAGCCAAAGGGGCCACUGGUGAAUUCUGAGUACUACACAGGCUGGCUGGAUUACUGGGGAGCGCCACACUCCACAAAACGUGCCGAGGAUGUGGCUAAGGGCCUGCAGAAGAUGCUAGAAUUGGAGGCCAACGUCAACAUGUAUAUGUUCCAGGGUGGCACCAACUUUGGUUACUGGAGUGGUGCUGAUUACAAGGAUCUCUACCGUCCCAUCACUACUAGCUAUGACUAUGAUGCACCUCUCUCAGAAGCUGGAGAUCCUACUGACAAGCUCUAUGCCAUUCGGACAGUCAUUGGCAAGUUUCAGCUGCUGCCCGCAGGACCAAUGCCACCCCCCACCCCCAAGUUUCCAUACGGCUAUGUAACCCUGUCGCAGCGUGUGCCCCUACUGGAUGUUCUAGGCCUUCUCUCGCCUUCCCUGCCAUUUUAUUCCUCCUUCCCCCUCACGUUUGAGGCUGUGAAGCAGACCCAUGGUUUCAUGCUCUACCGGACUGUUCUGCCACAUGACAUCCUGGAGCCUGAGUUGCUCAGUAUUCUUAACAAUGGGAUCCAUGAUCUUGCCUACAUUCUGCUCAAUGGAGAGUAUAAGGGGACACUAGAACGGGACAGAGUGAAUGGAGUCAAUAUAUCAGGCCAGCUUGGGGACACGUUGGACCUGCUGGUGGAGAACAUGGGUCGUAUCAACUUUGGGGCCAAUGACAGUGACUUUAAGGGUCUAAUCCACAAUCUCACACUUGGUUCCACCACACUCAGCGACUGGCUCAUCUACCCACUGGACAUUGACUCAGCCGUGGCCCAUGCAUGGCCCCCAAGUGCCCCACAAAAUAAUGGGACCACAGGACCUGCUUUCUACACUGGCGUCUUCACAACACCUGGCAUCAGCGAGGAUACCUAUGUGAAGCUCCCAGGCUGGAGCAAGGGCCAGCUCUGGAUCAAUGGCUUUAACUUGGGCCGGUUCUGGCCAGUUCGGGGACCGCAGCAAACUCUCUUUGUACCUGGCCCACUCCUACAUGACUCAGCCCUCAACACUAUUGUGAUUCUGGAACUGCAGGAAGCUCCAGAGAAGCCCAACGUGCUCUUCCUUGACCGGCCCCUUCUCAAUGGUACCUUUAACUUCACCCAAAGAAACAUGGAGUACUAGCAACUACUAUCCAGCUGCGAAGUUGCUGAGAUCUGCAGAGUGGCUCUGAGAGAAAUUCUUUCCUUGAAACCAACGUAUUCUGUAACAUUGACAAUUAUGUCAAAUGAAUAGAAGGCACUUUGCAA